UCCCGAAACCGAAACUGUAUUGAAGCUUCAGAACGGCGCUUUGGACGGCGUCAUGGACGGCGUUAAACGUCACGACUCCACAUGCAUGCACUUUUCCGCCCCUUUCACCCUUUCUAUCAAAUCGUCUGCUAUACCUUUGAAUGAAUUGCAGAAAGUCUGCGGCCACGAUAACGAUUGGUGAUAGGAGGACACGUCACCAGUCAUGCGCAUGGAGCCCGCCUGUGCACAUGAACCAUUCAUUUGUGUAGCGCCUGGAACCGCAAGGAGCUGCACAAUUUUGAAUGCUUGCGAAGACAUGCAACUGUGAAAGAAGUACUGCUGCGCGGAGAUCUACUGCAUCAUGGUGGAAGUGUUGAGUCGUCUUUCCCCCACGACGCGGACGUCGCAACUGGAGCCCACUGUCGUCGGCGGUCGGCCCAGCUGCGUUUGAUCGACGGACCACUUUGCUUACUUCAUUUCUAGGCUGUAUUUACUGGUGCCACUUCCUGAACCAAGGAAUUGAGGGAAAGUGAAGCACGCAGUGAAGUGCAGUUUCACCUUUGAAGCAUGGGGGACCAAGUGGUUGCUAGCUCUGGGGGCCCCAUGCCACGAACCCACCUGCUGCCUCUUCGGGUUCGGAUAGCCUACAGUGUUGGUCAUGUGCUCAAUGACCUAUGCGCCUCCAUGUGGUUCACCUAUCUGCUGGUGUACCUGACGUUCGUGCGACAGCUGCGUCCGACGCUGGCUGGUGCACUACUGCUGGUUGGCCAGGUGGCGGAUGCUGUGGCCACCCCAUUUGUUGGCAUCGAGUCAGAUAGAGACGAUGACUUCUGGCUCUGUCAUUAUGGCCGCCGGAAAACAUGGCAUCUUAUUGGCACGCUAUGUGUGGUUGGAAGCUUCCCGUUCCUGUUCUCGAAGCCCUUGGGCAGCCACCCGAGCAGCCAGGAGGCAGAGUUUGUUUACUAUGCGGCCUUCAUCAUCAUCUUCCAGUUUGGCUGGGCGUCGACCCAAAUCUCCCACCUGUCUCUCAUCCCAGACAUCACGCCCAUUCCUCAUGAGAGGGUCGAGCUCAAUGCGAUGCGCUACGCUUGGACAGUGGCGAGCAACAUAAUUGUGUACACAGUUACCUGGGCAGCCCUGGGCAUAUCAGGUGCAGAUCACGAAGCUCAAGUGGGGCCUCCCGAUGGCCACGUUUUCCGAGACAUCGUCCUCAUAGUGGUUGCCAUUGGGGCCUUCUUCUCACUCAUCUUCCAUUUGGUUGUUCGUGAUCCAUCGCGAGGCGGACGCCGGGAAAGCCGCUCUCGUCAUACGGACGAGUACAUCCGGUCAUUGGUGCUUGACCGCUCCCACCACUUUGUCUGGAAAGACUGGUUCAGGGAGAAAGGCUUUUACCUGGUUGCCCUCCUGUACAUGUUCACUCGUCUAUACGUCAACCUGAAUCAGGUGUACAUCUCCAUCUACAUUCAGGACACACUUUUGCUACGAAGGGAAAGCAUAGCAAUCAUUCCACUUGUCAUGUAUGUGAGUGGCCUCGUGUCAUCGCUACCCAUAAAGCUUGCAGCAAAGUACAUAGGAACAAAGAAUGUGCACCUUCUUGGCGGUGCACUGGGGAUCAGUGGUUCCUUGUGGAUCCUUUUUGGCCAGGUGUCGCCUACAUACAGAGAUUACCAGAUAUAUGGUGUUGCCGCCGUUGUGGGUGCUGCAAGCACGACCAUGCUGCUCGCCAGUCUUGCUAUCACAAAUGAACUCAUUGGCGGCCAUACGACAAGUGGUGCAUUUGUCUUUGGAGCUAUGAGCUUCAUGGACAAGAUGGCCAAUGGCAUAGCUGUGAUCAUUAUCCAGGAUAUACACAAAUGCAAUUCAUGCAUUGGUGUGCGAGACAACUACUACCAGAAUGUAAUGGUGUACAUCUGUGGUGGAGCUGCCGUGGGUGGAAUCCUCUUUGCUCUUUCGCUAUUCGUAGUCAACCACGACAGCUCAGUAAACACCAGCAAUGGUGGUGAAGGUGGUGGAUUGUCAACGAACACUCGGCCGGGUGACGUCAUUGACGUUCGGUCUUCUAGUCCAGCGGAGUAUGAAGAGAGCAUUGGCAACUUCUUGCCCACAUCGCCACUUUUAGGAUCAAAUUCAAGUGCAUAGGUUCAGUGAGUGUGUGACUUGCACCGCGCACAAGUGACAUUUGCUCAUCCAAGGAGGCACGCCGUGUGUGUGCGUGUGGAGCAUUCCUACAAGCACAUUCCUAGGGACACUUUACUCAUUGUCUUCCGUCACUGCGCUUCAAGGAGAUCUGUUGUGCGCAAAGGGUUGUAAACCCAAGAUAGAAUAUGACAGAGCCAAGAAAUGGGGUUUUAACAGGAUUACUGAAAAAUUUAUUCCGUUUGCCAAGACAUUGUGCAAAACAUGAAGCUGCUUGUAUUGCUACUUCAUCUCUCUCCUUUCUUUAUUUUUCCAGGCUGGUUUCAAUUCAUGACAACAUAUGUUCAACCAGUUGGGCUUUCAAAGGGUUGCAGUUGUGUUUCGGUAAAACUGCACACAACGGUAAACUGCAUGCAUGUCACUUUAUUCUAUGUAUAAAUUUCUUAUGUUUCUCUGCAUUCAUGAAGAAAGAAGUUACUCUAUCUUUAUUUUAAUUUUUGCUGCAGUACAUUUGUUAAUUUUUUUUACUUUUCUUACCCCUCUCUUUUACUUCUUAAAGAUCUGUUGUCAUGGAGGACUUCGGCAUCUUUAAUGCCUUCAUUUAUUACGUUUGAUAGGCUUGUUAACUUCAACGCCUACCUUCAAAGCAGCAAGCAUACCUCGGUGUCUGUGCAAUUUCUUUAGGUAGAGUUACAUAGUAAUAUAAGUGUUUAACGAACCUUCGUUGUUUUUUUUAUUGCAAGAAACAAAACUAGCAAUGAGCUUUAUCUGUUGCCGUUACUUUAGCUUUUGUGUGUACUGUCACCUGCAUAUUUGGUUGCGAAAAUGUAACUAAAUACAUGUUUUGCUGAUUUUAAAAUGGCUUCUUCUUGGAAUGGUCGUGAUCAACAUGACUUCUGCUUCAGGUCAUACUUUAAUCUUUCAGUCUAUAUAACUUUCUCUCACCAACUGUUGCCAAGUAAAAAAUAAAAAAAAAGGAAAAGCACUAAUGCUUAUUCCCACUGUUUAAAUUUUUUUCUCGUAUUCUGCUAAAGUGAUAUUUGGAACCUGCUUGAAUACUGAAAGUAUUCUCGUCAGUAUACUAAAAAUCUGGCAAUAGUAUUGGAUGGCUGUUUUACAUAGCGACAGUGUCAACUGAUGACAAUGCUGCAAAUCUUAAAGGUCAUGCAUCACAUAAAUUUCUAUUGCAUGAUACUUUUUUACAUUGGCAGCGAGGCACUUACUUAUUGCCUUUUCAGAAAUGGACAUUUUAUGAAGAAAAAUAUGCCGUAAGGGUUGCAUGAACAAACAUUUAGUCAUAAUGUCUAUGUCGUGAGAAAUGGCUGCUGCAAAUUAGUGCUUUCAGCUAUGGGUGUGUGAAUACUCAAAUAUCACCGAAUCGAAUUGAAUAGGGAAUGUUCGAAUAAUUUGGUUUGUGACUAGACUCUAAACUAUUUGAUUUUUCGAUAUAUUCUAUUUGGGUACUCACGCGGUGCCACAUCUCAUCUGUGUCGUGGAGCCCUUCAUGCUCGGUGCCGCCCAAGCGAGAGUUUUACUUGAUUUUGGGAGCAAAAAUUUGGAGGACGCUUAAGCUUCACCUUUAGGAGUGGAAUGCGAUAGCAUUAAAAAAUUCCUGACUGCUUCUCAUGCUUCCCAGCAGCGUAUGUGACUGUAAUGUUUACCGGGAAAUGCUCGCGGCGAACGCUAUGCACAAAGGUGGGCUUUCGGCCAGAAACGCGUCCUCUUGCAUGGGCCGUGAUGCGGUGGAGACGAGCGCCAUCUGGAAGUGUUCCAAGGAAGCGGGCGCGCUGCUCCGUGGACUCCGAGAUAGUUACGCGCUGGCGUGCGCAAAUGGUGGGUGCCGUCUCUGGUCUAUGCGUUGUAGAAAUGCUGGAAAAGGGGUUUGUUUGAGUUUUUGCAAAACAUAAUUAUGUUUUCUCGUAUGUUCAAAUUACAAUCCCAGAGCUAUCAUGUCUGUAGGUUCUGUGUAAGUCGUAGUUUACGAUUUUUCCACGUAUUUCAGCUUGAGAAAUUCAUUUAGUUCAGUCAAUUCCUUGCAUCAAAUAGGAGGCCUCGGUGUACGGGGUUUGAAAAUCUUUUUGCCGAAACGACGUCCGAAGCCGGAUACCGAUGCGGGAUGCUGACGCCGGAUCGCCAAGUGCGCCGUGGAAGGGCCGUCUCGGCUAACACUGUAGCGUAGUUGGUCACUGCAAGCACUCCCCUACGUUGGCACAUCACACAGCGCCCGAAUGCUGCAAUUCACAGAACAUCGUUGCGUCGGCUGAGUCCACCUCCGUCGGUGCGAGUCGACAGGACCGAUCGAAAUGAUAAUGUGGCAGAGACAGUGGGAACGACAACCAAAUCAGCGCAUAUUUUGUAAAGUGAGUGCGAUAGUAGGUGCGAAAGUCGGACUGAUUAUCCACCGAUAGGUACGCAGAUCGCGUUGGAUAUGCGUCAACGAACUUCACGCCGUUUAACGACAAGCAGCCGCUGAUCUAACGCACACGCGUGACCUUGGUGCAGAUCACUGAUGAGCGACCCCUGUGAACAAAUCAGUGACAAACAUUCCGCUACGGCUGGCGGCCCAUUAUCACAUCGGCCAGCGACGAAUUUUUGUCAUGGUCACACUGCCUAGGUCAUAAGGCCUACUCGGCACUGGUUCAUGGGGUGUCUGCAACUAAUGUUACGCUUCGUUGCCGAAUCCAAGCAGAUCUAUUUGCAGUAGCCGCGUGACUCUCGGGAAGCCGACAAACCGCCUUGCAAACGAAAGCGAGUGUACUGCAUGGGAUGGCAGUGUGCGGAAGUUGUUCACAGCUGGCAUCUUCGCCACAUGCUGUGUGGCGGCCUUCCAUUCCCGCGCCAUUCGUAGACUCACAUCGGUGUCCUUUUGUCGCGCGAACUUGCCAUCACCCUCCAGAUUUCAGAAUCUUUGACAGUUCCUUUGUGAGAAACCUGACAAUGAAACUAAGCGGACGAUGCCUGCUCUUCACCGCCGGUGCCAGCUACAUGCUUGAUUGUGUUCAGCAGAAAUUCUAUUAACACGAUAGCAUCAAGGAGCCCUUGUCGCAGCAAAAUCCGGUGUCCCGCAUCUGACGUUGGUCGUCGUCUCAAACAAAAAGAAUUUCGGACCAAAUUCCAAACCACACAUGCCCAACCACUUCUCUACCAGCAAAGUUGCUCAUACCUCGUCUUUCAUCCUUUACAUCCUUGGAACUUUGAGAACGGCAGCCCACAAACAAGUGUUAUGGAAAAAAACACUGACAGUGCAUGUCCUUUAUGUUAGCUCUUCUCAGACUGAAAUAAUAAACGUGUGAAACAAUAACAGGAGAUCGACCCACGCAAGAGGCCGUGUUUCUACCAGAAAGCUCACCUUCAUGCAUAGUGUUUGCAGCCAGCGUUUCCUUGUAAAUGUUUUGGUUACAUAAGCUACAGUUGCCAGGAAGCAUGAAAAGCAGUAAGGAUCUUUGAACGCUAUCACAUUCUGCUCUUAAAGGCAAAGCUUAAGCAUCCUCCAAAAUUUUGAUAAAGCAUCUUUUCCCCAGACCUUCAUGUACUAGAACUUAGCUGUAAACAGUGCUGGCAUACUGAUUUGGUGUCCCCGUUAGUAAAAGUAGACCAUACUGUAUAUCUUGAUUUCUAUGUACCGAAGUACUUAUCGCUUGCUACAUUCCUGUUAUUAACUGCUAGGAGAUUACUUAGCGUGUGCAGCGCCGUAUUUUCUUGCCCAAAAUUUGAAAGUAUUAAAAGUUUGUGAAAAAUUUUCUGGUAUUUGAUUUGAAAUCUGCUGUUCGGUAACCACAUGCCCCGCCCCUACUUCCACCUUUUUUCGCAACGUUUACACAUUCAAAUUCUGCAAAAUAUUUUUCUGAAUCUGCUAAUAACACGUCAAGGUGUAAAUGUGAUAAAAGUCUGUUGUCUAGUUGAAGCACAUAUUUCCUGCUAAAACGAGACUGAAUAUUUUAGACACAGCAGAAAAUAUUCCAAAAUGGCAACGAUGGUGGUUGCCACAUGGCUGUCAGCCUUAGUUUAUGUAAUACACAAAUGCAGUUUGUUGGCAAUUGUGCUUAUUGACUCGCGAAAUCAUAUUUGAAGACACCACCAGAACUUCAUGUUACAUCUACAAAUUAGCAGAAAUUGGCCCUUCUCAUGGCAAUCUACCUUUUUUAUCAUCAUGGCCAGAUGCGCUGCUUAAGGCAAAACAAAGGACAGGUUAGAGGCUUUUUCUCUACAGGAUGUAUUUUUCUUCUCUAUUUCACUUGAUAAAACAUGCAUCAAGCAACGUUAAGCACUCAAGCAACAUGCGGUUGACCUCCUGUCUAGACAUAAUCUAGAUAGGAUUGUCUCUAAUGUUAAGAAAGCAAAAUCGCUCAUCUUAGAACUGUUUUUCUCGGCGAAGACUCAUAAGCAAGAGAUUCCUUUUCGUGCUAUAGUGUCAGAGAAAGGGACGUGGCAGGUCUGUGUGGCUAGUUACCUACAGAGCUUGCUUCACUAGUUUUUUCUGACCCUUUUCGCUUUCGUAACUCUCAGGCACUAGUUCAGUUUUUGACAGCCAAAAAUCCUGGUGAUUGUACAGCUUUUAGUAUGGAUAUCGAAGACCUGUAUUACUCCUUGCUGCGUGACAGGUUGUUAAAUUCUGUAAAUGAGUGCAAUAAAGAACAAGUACAAGAGUCGGCUUUUAUAGACAGAUGCGGUGUUUCCACGGAAGCUUUCCUUGAAAUUCUUUCAAUGCACCUAAAGUCGGCGCUGGUUGGGUGGAGAGAUGCCGUGUUUCUGCAGAAAUCGGGAAUUUGUACUGGUUCAAAGGUUGCCCCUAUUCUUGGUGAUAUUUACCUGAGCAAGAUUGACAGCUGCUUAGGGAAGGUCUUAGGCGAUUGUGUUAAGGUUUUUCGUUAUGCUGAUGAUUACCUGAUGUUCUGCAAUAGGGACAAAUUUGAUUCCGCUGCUAUCUCAGUAAGUGAAAAAUUCGAACUUAAUGGAAGAGGAUUAAAGUUUACCAAGGAACUCCCUCAGAGACGCAUAAUACAGUUUCUAGACAUUUCCUUGGUCUUUGAACAACAUCACUUGUGUAGGCAGUACUCCCCUAGAUCUUCGAAGCCAUUGGUAAACUUUUCAAUCCAAGCAUUCCAAAGUAGUAAAAAACUGGAUUGCCAUGUCGUGCCUUAAGUCCUCUCUCACCAGAUCGUGCAUGCACAAAAUGAGCGCCAGUUUUAAUGCACAGGUUCGACGCCUAUUAGAAGCAGGUUAACCUAGCGUGGCAGUGGCCACUGUGGCUGAAUGUCUAAAGAAGUCGAUUUCGAGAGGAACCGAUGGGAUUACGGAAAGCAGUAAUAGCAAGAAAAGAGUACUGGCUAUUCGCUACAUUCAUUCAGUAUUUCACAGGCUCAAAGAAGUUGCAAGUAGAUAUGGUGUUAAUGUUGUCUUCACUGCUCCCAAUAAGCUAGGUAAAAUAUGCACUGCUGUGUAGAGGAAAAAGGAGCAGGUGAAAGGCAAAAAAACAAGAGAUAUUUAUCCAGUGAAGCACAUCAAGAACAACAAUUUUACUGACUGUUGUAUGAGUGUGGUAUAUAAAGCUCCCUUUAGCUGUGGCCAUUUCUACGUAGGGCAAACAGGGUGGUGUAUCAAUCAGAGGCUAAUGGAACAUUAAAGGUCGUUAACUGGUGGAUCGCCUUCUAAUCUUUAAUUACAUUGCCAAGACUGUCAAGAUUGUAACUGCACACCUGAAUUAGAUGAAUGCACGAUAUUGUAUAGGCAUAGGAAUGAAGAUAUGCAUCUUAUGGUUGAGGCAUGGCAUAUCAAUAAUGGUGGAAGUGCAUACGUGAGUCAGCCUUCGAUUACCUUACAUAAGGAAGAGAUCAAUUGCUUUAACAGUUAUCUCUCACAUAGACUGGCAUGUGUACCCGAUUGACAUGUGGUGCUACCAUUCCAGAGCAUGCGCAGAUGAGUUUUGUCUGUUUUUUCUUUUUUCGCCUCAGUGCUUCCUUCACUUGAUAGUCAGCAUUCAUGUUGUCCACUUCUCUUGUGUCCAUGUCUGCACGCCUUACCCCUUUUUUGCAUUAUGAAUCCUUACCAACUAGCUCAGCUUUCUGUCGUCCUAAAGAAACAUGCGUACAGUAAACUUGGCAAGUAAUAUUGUGAGCUCUGGUACUCAGGAUUUUUUUGAGUCUGAAUUCAUCCUUCGCAAGCUUGAUUUUAAGCUAAACGUAAUCUCUUAGCAAUGUAAACGUUAGUCUUUUCUGCACAACUGCAAGCCAUGACAUACUUUUUCAUGUCACGUCCUGAAGUGCCUGCGAAAACUGUGCGAUAUGUGCUUGGUUUAUGUGCAUCAAACUCGUGAAACAGGUCCUUAUUUACUAUACUACCUGCCUUUCUUUUUCGAUCAAUGAUGUCUAAGUUAUCCAGACAAUCAAUCCAUAUUUUAGCUCUCUAUUUAUGGAAUUAGUGUGCUAGAUAUGAAACUAGUACUUUUACCGACAGCAAAUGAGAUUAUUAAGCCUCUCACUGCAUAAUGAUCCAGAAAAUGACAAGUACAAAGGUUGUUUUACAAUGUUCCAGGCAUUAUGUUUUGCAUGCUUUUUUAUCCUGAGUUGUGAUGGUUGCCCUCAUUUUCCUGUUACAUUGUCCCAUAUAUAUAUAUUUCUUUUUCUAAAAGGGACCUUUGAUUCUACUUGCUGGCUUAUUUCCUCUUUUGGCAUACCAUUGUUUAGGGUGUGAAGUAUCUUUACUGUUUCUAGCUGAGUAUGUGAUAAUCUCUGUAUAUUUAUAAAGUGUACUUAUAUGAAUAUAAUGGAUAUAUAUAUAUAUAAAUAUAUGUAUAUGUAUAUGUACAUAUAUAUACAUAUUAUUUACCCAAAAAUGUGAUUAAUAAAUGUAGGUGCUUCUCAUUG